AUGAAUCUGAAGAAGAGGAUCUAUAACCUCCACAACAUUUUUUUUCUAUUCCAGCACCAAUGUGUUCUAUCGAGAUGUCUCAAUGGAGGUACGUGUGAAAGCCUUGGGCUCAAUGACUUCCGGUGCAACUGCCCAAAAGGAUUUACGGGUAAUCUGUGCGACAUUCGCAUCAAAAUAUACAAAUGGCUGAAGAUCAACACCAGCCCCGUCUGCUUUGGAGCUCAAAAAUCAGAAUAUGGUAGUUUCUACAUCAAAGAAAAUGGCACAGUCCCCACAGUGAAGCUGGUCCAUCGAUCUGGAUAUGUGUCAUGCAUUAACGAUGAUKAUUCAAGACGAAGUAACUGGGGAUGUGGACGAAGCGAUGAAGUGCAAGAAUUCCUGAAUACUAUCAUGACCAACAACGAAGAUCAAAAGAUUCUUCCGCAAGAUAAAUUCAUUGUGAAUGUUGAAGAAUUGAGAUACCGCAUUCAUGGCUUACAUCCGAAGUCUUCUGAGCUUAUCUUUAAAAAUUUCAMAACACCGAUGGAAGUUAUCGCUGGUCAAGAGUAUCGCAUCUGGUUUGGGCAGGAUCUCAAGGAGUCUAGCGACGACAACAACGAAGGAACGUCAUGUACCGACGUAUACAUGUAUGUGUACAUGUAAUGUCGUUGUGUGAAUGUGAUGUAUUAGGGAUAAAGAUAAUAAUACAUGACAUGGGCUUCCUUUAUCAUCAUGUAGAGGAGUAGAGACUAGAAACAAACUUGAACACAUGGCUCGACUUAAAUAACACAGAUAACCCGAGAAGAACUUCAUCAAGGAUUAUCGAUCAGGAGUGCAGGUGUCUAAAUUUAUUCGUCUUACUUCAGUAAUCAGUUUUUAACUACUACAUCAGUAAUUAUUGACGUUACUUAUUUAAGUUGUAUGUUGACUUGAUAAAAGAAAAAAGCUUUUUACAAAUUCCAAAAGUUGACUUGCUGUAAAUAAGAAACUAAGGUUCGGCGCUGUAAUUGAUGUAAGCUAACUAGAUWGAUUUGUAGUUAGUUUCAGUAAUGCGUUUUUAACUGUUAUAUCAGUGACGUGAUCAUUGACGCUAUACUCAUUAUAACUUUGUUAGUUUAUAUGAGAAGACAUAUAAUCCAAAACUAAGGUUCGGCUGUCAUUGG